AUGGACCAAUCACCGCUGCCCUUUGCCCCGCGACGGCAUAAUCCCUCUGGAUCUGGCUCAAAGGUGGGCUCGACGUCGGGGCCUUACCACAAUGAUUACACUUCUGCUGCACCUCCCGCCGUGGUCUCAGCAGCCCAACCACCACCCGCUGCUGGCACCGACGAAUUACACAUGUCCGGCAUGAGCUCAGAGCUGCACAUGUCUCCCCAGGAUUACGCGCCGCAGAUCAAGCUUGACCAGGCCCCGUCGACCGCCUCAACUCGCUCGCAACCACCUCCAUCUCUCACCCACGCCCGCUCCCACUCCCAAUCCCACUACCAGUCUAGCUCCGUCCCCGACGUCCUGCAGCCUGCGGGUGGCCUGUCGACGCGACCGCCCGUCUCCAUCAACACGUCCUCGUCGUCGCUGCAGGCUGAUCGUCCUCAGCCCUCUCCCCAAAACUAUCAGACCCCGUCCAAACCAACGCUCAGCAUGUCCCACGCCUACUCCCGCUCCAGCCCCGCCGCAAGCUACGAGAAUGUGAGCUACCAUCCCUACACUCCCACGACUCCAGGCGGCAGCGGUAUGCCGUCAUCCCAAUUCAUGUCGCCCACCGACACCUCCAAGUACGGCCCUUCCAGCUCCUCGCGAAAUGUCUCCAACACCCCGCUUGGUCUAGCCGACAUCCGGCCUCGCGCUGAUUCCAGCAUGUCUGAUGGCGGUCCGGGUACUCUGGGCUACAACAUGGCUGAAGCGCAGCCCGGUAGCAGCAGUUAUCUCGCCCCGUGGCCUAUUUACGCCUUCGAUUGGUGCAAGUGGCGUCCACAUGGAAAUGGCUCCGGCAAGCUGGCCAUUGGAAGCUAUCUAGAGGACGGUCACAACUUCAUCCAAAUUCUGGAUAGCCAUGUCGUUCCAACACCCCAGGAUGUCUACGUUCCUGGCACUUCCAAGUAUUCUCUAGAGUUCAACAAAGUCGCCGAAGCUACCCAUUCAUACCCCGUUACCAGACUCCUCUGGGAACCACCUUCAGCUCAGAAGCAAUCGACCGACCUGCUCGCGACAUCUGGCGAUCAUCUGCGACUGUGGUCACUACCUUCCGAAACCCCGGCGACGCCUGGAAACAACAUCACUCGGAGAACCGACCCAGCCACCGCCAAAUUGACUCCUCUGGCCCUUUUGUCGAAUUCCAAGACUCCCGAUCAUACCGCUCCUCUGACUUCCCUCGAUUGGAAUACGGUUUCUCCUAGUCUCAUCAUUACUUCCAGCAUCGAUACAACUUGCACAAUCUGGGAUAUCCCUUCCCUGACUGCCAAGACGCAAUUGAUCGCCCAUGACAAGGAAGUAUAUGACGUGCGUUUCUGCGCAAACAGUGUGGAUGUAUUUGUCAGCUGUGGACAGGACGGUAGCGUUCGAAUGUUUGAUCUCCGUAGUCUGGAGCAUUCGACUAUCAUCUACGAGCCAACCGGCAAGGACGAUAGAGUGGAUACCAACAGCGGCCGAACGAGCCCAGGAGGACAGGGUGCGGCAGGAAACCCUCCUCCGCUGCUGCGACUUGCAACCUCUCCUCACGACACUCAGCUCCUCGCUACUUUUGCCCAGGAUUCAAGCACCAUCCGCAUUCUCGAUGUUCGACAGCCCGGGCAGGCUCUUCUGGAACUCCGAGGACAUUCAGGUCCCUUGAACUGCCUCGAAUGGUCGCCCCUGCGCAGAGGCAUGCUCGCCUCUGGGGCUGACGACUGCCAGGUGCUGUUAUGGGAUCUGAUCAACUCGAGCUCUUCAUCUGGACCCUCUCUGAACGGGAACCCUGGCAAUGAGAGCAGCCGAAGUCCCGUUGCCAGCUGGGAGUGUGAUUACGAGAUUGGAAACCUGGGUUGGCUACCUCACAUGCCAAACGGCGAAUAUGGCGACUGGCUGGGAGUCAGUGCCGGGCGUGGUAUCUGGGGCACCCGGAUCAUGUGA